UCUCAGGUUUCUCUCUGGCUGCAGAUCUCUUCCACCAUGUUAUUCCUUUUAUCAGGAUCUGAUCAUAACGGGCGCAGUGAAAGUAUCGUUCAACUAUAAUUUGCUGCUUAUUAAAAAUUGUGAAAUAUAUAUUUAAUUGGUUUAGGGAUUAUAUUUACUUUGUUGAAUAUGGAUUACAAAGAUGAGCAGAUCAAUGAAAUUGAAGCGUUGGAGUCGAUUUAUUGCGGGGAAUUGGAAAGAGGAAAGAAGAGGAAGAAACAUGAACCAAAAAGAACAGUUUUAGCGACGGAACCAUUUUAUACAUUUGCUAUACCAAUUAAAACAGAAGAAUAUGAACCAGAAACUGGCAAUGGUCUCAGUUGUCGAUUAGAAUUUACAUAUACAGCCAAAUAUCCAGAUGAGCCACUGCUUAUAUCAAUUACGGAGCAAGAAAAUUUUGAGGAUGGCGACGAGAAAUUGAAGGCACAUCUGAUAGAACAAAUGAAUGAAAAUCUUGGAAUGGUAAUGGUUUUUACGUUAGUUAGCACAGUUCAAGAAUGGCUUAAUGUACAAUGGGACAAAAUAAAACUCAAGAGAGAAGAGAAUGCUGCUCAAAAACUGAAAGAGGAAGAAGAAGCAGAAAGGAGACGAUUUGAGGGAACUCGUGUAACAGUGGAAUCUUUCCUAAACUGGAAAGAAAUGUUUGAUGAAGAAAUGGGCUAUACAAAACGGAAAGAAUUGACAGAUCGUGAGGGCAAAAAAUUAACAGGCAGAGAAUUAUUUAUGACUGAUAAGACACUAGAUCAAUCAGAUCUUAAAUUUUUAGAUGAUGGUGAUGCUGUAAAAGUAGAUGAGAGUUUGUUCCAAAAUCUGGACGACUUAGAGUUAGAUGAUGAUGAAGAUGAUCCAGACUAUGAUCCAAAUAUCUCGGAUGAUAGUGCCUAAACAAGAUUCAAUAGUUACCAAAAUGAUGCAUAGAUCAAAUUGAAUAAGAAUUUAUUAAAUCAUUAAAAAAGAAAAAAGAAAAAUGAGUAUAUAAAUAUAUAUAUAUGUAUAUACAGGAUGUCCCACAGUUAUUGACAAACCACUUUUGUGUAGAGUGGAUUAAACUGACGAUGGGUCGAAAAGUCUAUUAUUUUACAUUUUUCGCAUUAGUUAACGAGUUAUUAGUUUAUGAAAAUAGUUAAAUUCGCCCAGUCAAAUGCAAGCGCGCAGCAAGAUAAAACCGUUCAUAGUCAGAGAGAUGCACGUUCAUUGUCGCUAGACGACAUAUGUUUACAAGUGAUAUUGGUAUUAACAUGUCUAACAACGGCAAACCCGCGCUUCACUGGAUAAGUGGAUCUUAUGUCGCCGUGCUUUGGCGAUAGGCCGGGCAAAUUUGGCUAUUUUUAUAAAUUGAUAUUUCCAUAUUAACCAUUGCGAAAACCGUAAAAUAGUUGAUUUUUUGAUUUAGUUUAGUCUGCUCUAUCUAUAAGAACCCUUUAUCAAUAAUUGCAGGA